UCUGAGGGAGGAGAAGAGGAGGAGGAGAGGGAAGGAGGGAGGGAGGCAUCAGGCGAGCAUCUCUGCAGAAGAAGGAGGCACCUCUGCAUCCCUCCGUCUCUGGUCCUGCCGCGCUCCCUUCUUCCUCCUCUUCCUCUGCCCUUUGCCUCCCUUUUUUCCCUCCUCCUCGUUCUCUCAAUCUCUCUCUCUCUCUCUCUCUUCCUCUGCUUCCUUCCUCCCUUCCUUCUUCCUUCCCCCUUUUCCCGGAGUCCCAGACACAACACCAGACCCAUCCAGAUGGGGUAGCCGAUCCCUAUGGGCGACACGGAUGAGUGGCGGCCCCCGCAGCAGCAGCAGGAGGAGAAGGAGGAGGAGGAGGACUGACCACUGGGGCUGAGCCAUGGCCAGCUUUCUGCAACUGCUGCUGGCCUGGUUGGGAGGCUGUGGCUGCGCAGGGCGCCUUGUGCCCCUCGUCCAGGGAACCAAGGCCGGCGCCUUCCGGGGGAACAUGUCUCAGCGCUGGGAGAAGCCCCUCUUGCGGUCCCGACGCAGCUGGGUCUGGAACCAGUUCUUCGUCAUCGAGGAGUACGCUGGACCAGAACCCGUCCUCAUUGGAAGGCUACACACAGAUGUGGACAGGGGCGAGGGCCGCAUCAAGUACGUCCUGACCGGCGAAGGGGCCGGGACUGUCUUCGUCAUCGACGAGAAGACGGGCAACAUCCAUGUCACCAAAACACUGGACAGAGAGGAGAAAGCCCAGUACACGUUGCUGGCCCAGGCGGUGGAUCGGGCUUCCAACCGGCCCCUGGAGCCGCCCUCCGAAUUCAUCAUCAAAGUCCAAGACAUCAAUGACAACCCUCCGGUUUUCUUGCAUGGUCCCUACCAUGCCACGGUGCCUGAGAUGAGCAACGUGGGUACGUCCGUGAUCCAAGUGACCGCCCAAGAUGCAGAUGACCCGCUCUACGGGAACAGCGCCAAACUGGUCUACACGGUCCUCGAGGGGUUGCCGUUCUUCUCCGUCGACCCCCAAACGGGUGUCAUCCGGACCGCAACGCCCAACAUGGACAGGGAGACACAACAGGAAUUCCUGGUUGUGGUGCAAGCCAAGGACAUGGGGGGCCAUGCCGGGGGUCUUUCGGGAAGCACAACGGUGACCGUCACCUUGAGCGACGUCAAUGACAAUCCACCCCGCUUUCCGCAAAGUUCCUACCAGUUUUCUGUGGUGGAAACGGCCCCUCCGGGCUCGGUGGUAGGACGGCUACGGGCACAUGACCCUGACGAAGGGGAAAACGCCUUGAUGGCUUACAGCAUCUUAGAUGGAGGAGAUGGAGCUGAGGCCUUCGCCAUCCACACCGAUUCACUGGGGCAGGAUGGGAUCAUCACAGUCAAAAAGCCUCUGGAUUUUGAAUCCCGACGCUCUUACACCUUCCGUGUGGAAGCCACCAACACCCUCAUCGAUCCCCAGUACAUCCGCAAAGGCCCCUUCAAGGACGUCGCCACGGUCCGGAUCACGGUGGAGGACGCUGACGAACCUCCGUCCUUCUCCCGCUCUGAGUACCACCUCGCCGUUUACGAGAACAGCCCUCCAGGGACCCUUGUGGGCAAGGUGACAGCCGUGGACCUCGAUUCCCCCAGCAGUGUCAUCCGAUACUCCAUCCUGCCGCCCACGGACCCUGAACGGUAUUUCAGCAUCAACCCCCAGGAUGGGACGAUCCUUACCUCGGUGCCCCUGGACAGGGAGGUGUUGCCCUGGCAUAACAUGACGGUGGUGGCCACUGAACUUGACAGCCCUACGCAGGCUUCUCAUGUCCAAGUCGCCAUCCAGAUCCUGGAUGUGAAUGACAAUCCGCCCCAGCUGGAGCACAGCUACGAGCCCUUCGUCUGCGACAAUAGUGCCCCCGGCCAGUUGGUGCAGCUGAUCCGGGCAGUGGAUCGAGAUGAAGAGGGCAACACGAGCCGCAUCAUCAUCCGCUCCCCUCAUGGGACGAGGGAACCCAAUGUCACUGUGAGAGACAACAAGGAUAACUCGGCCUCCUUGCUACUCCGGGCCAGCCGUCUUCCUGCACAGGGAACAUCCCUGUUGGUGCCGCUGGAGCUAGUGGACGGCGGUUCCCCCACCCGCACGGGUUCUCCAACGCUGACUGUGAGCAUCUGCCGGUGUCGACGAGAUGGAGCCAUGCACACCUGUGGGCCUGAGGCCCAGGGAUCACCUGCCGGCCUCAGCACCGGGGCCCUCCUUGCCAUCCUGGCCUGUGUGGGCACUCUGCUUGCCCUGGUAUUGCUCUUUGUCGCUCUCCGGAGGCAGAAGCAGACUGCCCUGCUACCCUUUGAGGAAGAGGAUGUCCGAGAGAACAUCAUCACUUACGACGACGAGGGUGGCGGCGAAGAGGACACAGAGGCCUUCGACAUGGCUGCCCUCCAGAACCCAGAUGCUGCCCCCCCUCCACCACAGCAUCGGCGCCUCCUCCGGCGGGACGUCCUGCCCCGUCCGCACUUUACAGCCUCGCUGUCCACCCGGGUGCCCCCCCAGCCCCACGACGUGGCCAGCUUUUUGGCGGCCCGCUUGUGCGAGGUGGAUUCCGACCCUUCCGUCCCGCCAUAUGACUCCAUCCAGGUGUACGGCUACGAGGGGCAGGGCUCCUCCGCAGGUUCACUCAGCUCCCCCGGCUCCUCGUGCGCCGGAGACAGCGAUGCAGGUGGAUACGAAUACCUGGAAGAAUGGGGCCCGCUCUUCCGAACACUGGCCGAGCUCUACGGAGCCCCGGAAGGGCCGCCUCCUCCUACCUGAGAGAUGUGACACGGGGAGGGGACAUCCAUGGAAGAGUGUAGCCUUCUGAUUCCUGUUGGUCCUUUAUGUGUUGCUUGCGGAGCUUGGGAAAAGUUUCUCGGAGGACUACAACUCCCAGAAUCGCCAGACCAGCAUGGCCACUGCUGGCGAGGAGAUUCUGGGAGUUGCGAUCCAAAAAAAGAUUUUUCUCGCAGAGUUCCAGUUUGUUUGUUCUUUUUUUCUUCCUUUUCAGUUAACUGACUUAGUUGUUCUCAGUUAGAAUGUGUCCUUUAGCGUGCUUUUCAACUCAUUCUCUCCAAACACCUUCCUGUGUACCUGGCUAUUGUUGUUUUGCUGUAUUUUACUAAUUUCUCCCCGUUUGCCUUUGAAUUGUUUCAGUUACAUUUUGCGUCCUUUUCCUCCCUUUUAUUUCAGCCUUUUUGUCUCUUGCGUACCUUCCGCACUUCUCUCCCAAUUUUACUUUCCUCCAUUCCUGAAUUUUUCUGUAAUACUACCUCCACAUUUCUGGAUCUUUGUUUAUCUUUUUUUUAACGGUGCUCUCUUCUCUUCCAUCCUCUCUGGUCAUUGGUAACGUCUGUUUUCAUAGCUUGAGUUCUUGUUUCUUUCUUGCUGUACUUGUGCUGUGUUUUAUUAUGUUUCGGUUUCCUCCCUUUCCCCCUCUCCCUGUAUAAACUACGCUAUGCAUUCAUUCUUUCCCCAAAUCCUUUGGUACCAAACUCCCUGCCUCUCCGGACCCUAACAAUUCAGUCUUGCCAGCAUGGAUUUACCUCUCAUUCGACUUGCAGACCACCCCAAGCCCUGACAGUGGAACCGAUCCCAGGAUCUUCGCAGAGGCGGCGGCGCGGUGGACGUUUGUUUGGACCUGGACUUUGCCCUCUGGACAACGCUCUCCUCUUCUGAUACCACAGUGGGACUUGACACAUCCGGGACAAUUUUAUUCUAGGGAGCUGAGGCAUAAAUCGGUGUCAGGUCGGGACAUCCAUGUUAUAAUUUCGUAAUAAACAAUUUAUUUUCUAAAAAAAAUAAAAUAA